GGCGCUGGGCGGGCCCUGCGGAGCCCCGUCUCCGGCCAGAUAAGAACCUGCAAUUUGUGUUCAUGGCAAUGGACAACGAAGGUUUUGAAUGAGGAACUCAGCCUAACUGAAACCAGUUGCUCCUCAGGGAACACCAGUUGCUCUGCCCUCUGAUUCCCAAGGAGAUUCUGCCCAAGAUGGCGGGUCAGCAGGAGGAAACGGAGCCCCUCAAGAUCCCUCUGGAGCCAUUCACCAAGAAGAGCUCCAGCAAGACCUACCAUAGCACUGGGCACUCCCAGACGCUGCUGAGUGGCCUGGGGGCUCUCCGGGACCGCGGCAUCCUCUUUGAUGUUGUUCUGCAUGUAGAGGGGAAGACCAUUGAUGCUCAUCGCAUCCUCCUAGCAGCAUCGUGUGAUUACUUCAGGGGAAUGUUUGCUGGGGGACUCAGAGAAAUGGAACAGGAAGAAAUUCAUAUUCAGGGCAUAUCUUAUAAUGCCAUGUGCAAAAUCCUGAACUUCAUAUAUACUUCGGACCUGGAACUUGGCCUAAACAAUGUGCAAGAAAUUCUAGCUGCAUCCUGUCAGCUUCAGAUCUCUGAAAUCAUCAAGUUCUGCUGUGAUUUCCUGAUGCUUUGGGUGGAUGAUGAGAACAUUGUGGAUAUGUAUAGAUUGGCUGAUCUCUUUGAUUUGUGUUACCUGAUAGAGAAGCUGGAUUCCUACUUUCUGAAAAACUUUGUUACCCUCUCAAAGACAGAAACGUACCGCCAACUUCCCCUGGAGAAGGUCUGUGCCCUCCUCAACAGUAACCUCUUGGAGGUGAAUUCUGAGAAUGAGGUCUACGAAGGGGCCCUCCUUUACCAUUACACACCAGAACAACUGGAGACGGAUCAGGUUUCGCUGAUGGAGCCUCCUAAGCUGCUGGAGACAGUCCGUUUUCCUCUGAUUGAGUUCCAAAUUCUGCAGAGACUUCACAACAAGUUAAGCUCCUGUCCGUUAAAGGAGACGGUAGCUAAUGCCCUAAUGUACCAUAAGAACGAGUGCCUCCAGCCGGUGCUUCAGAACAGGCAUACACAAUUGAGGUCUGAGUUCCACUGUGUGGUAGGCUUUGGGGGGAUGCAUUCAACCCCGUCUACUGCCCUCAGCAACCAAGCCCGGUACUUGAAUCCACUUUUGGGAGAAUGGCGGCAUUUCACAACAGCCUUGUCCCCAAGAAUGUCCAAUCAGGGAAUAGCUGUUCUCAACAAUUUUGUAUAUCUGAUUGGCGGAGAUAACAAUGUUCGAGGUUUUCGAGCAGAAUCCAGAUGUUGGAGGUAUGACCCAAGACACAAUAAGUGGCUCCAGAUUCAGCCCUUGCAGCAGGAGCACGCCGAUCUCUGUGUCUGCAUGGUGGACGGGGCGAUCUAUGCGGUGGCUGGGCGCAACUACCGGGAGGACCUUCGGGAAGUGGAAAAAUACGACCCCAAAACCAACAGCUGGGAAUACGUGGCUCCUCUCCAGAGGGAGGUCUAUGCCCAUGCAGGAGCAGAACUGGAAGGCAAGAUCUACAUCACUUGCGGGAGGCGAGGAGAAGACUACCUAAAAGAGCUGCAGUGCUACGACCCAGCCAUCAAUCGCUGGGACAUCUUAAGUGACAGUCCCAUCAGGAGAGCCUGGCAUGGGAUGGCCGCACUGUUGGGAAGGCUCUACGUGAUUGGAGGCAGUAACAAUGACUCCGGCUACAGAAGAGAUGUUCACGAGGUUGCUUGCUAUACCCCAAGCACUUCUCAGUGGACAAGUGUCCGUCCUCUUCAUGCUGGGCACGGUGAGCCUGGCAUUGCUGUCCUGGGCCAUAGGAUUUACAUCUUGGGGGGAAGAUCUCAUAACCGUGGGAUCUGCAUGGACUAUGUCCACAUCUACGAUGCCGAGAGAGACUGCUGGGAAGAGGGUCCUCAGUUGGAGGAUGAUAUUUCCGGGAUGGCAGCCUGCGUCCUUACUUUACCAAGGGCGAUUCUCACAGAAGGCGAAAUGGGCAUGUCUGAUGGACAGCAGAAGAGAGUCCAGGAUUACUCAGGUGUGUCUGCUGAGGUCCUGAGAAUAUUAGAUUGGGAGGAAUUUGAUAACAUGAAUGAUAAUUAGCUUUCUAUUACUUUGGGGUUGGCUUUUCUUAUUUGGGCUGCCAUCAGAGCUCCACCAAGCUGGAGGAAGCCUGAUGCCAUUUAGUAGUACAGUAGUUGAGCCAUUGCAAGAAGCAUUUUAAGGUACAGUUCUUUAAACUGAUGAAGAUUCUUUGAUGAGAAGCGAAACAUCUUUUUCCUGAAAGAAAAAACAUAGUCCAGCUGCCUUUUGCAAAAGCACUUUUGAGACAACCAUGACCUGGAUGACUGAGAAUCUCCACAGAUGUACAGCUCGUUGCGUGGCCAGUGAAAAACUUCUAGAAAAAUUCAGUAUAUGUCUUGAUCAAUCAGUCAGUCUUCAAAUUAUUUGCUGACUAGAACAUACCUCAGAAGUUUAACAGUAAAAUAGAUGCAUCAAAUUAACUAGAUACUAAAAGCUUACUGAGCUCCUUAAUUCAUCACAGAAUCUGCAUUAAAGAUUCAGUUUGGCAUAAUUUGGCUUUGUUGCACACAAUCAUGACUCCACAUCUUCAUUAUCUCUGAACUGCUCAUGAUAAUCACUGCAUUUCAUACAGAUGGAAAGAAAAACAAGAACCAGUAAUUUUUUUCCAUAUUUAUUUAUUUUUAAAUUGCUGCAUCAGGUUUCCCAUAUACCAAAGCAGCCUUUCCUCUGGAGUAAACUGUUGUGCCUAGUUAAAUCAGAGGAGGAAGCUGCCAGGAUAAGUCAAAGGAUCCUGAGAAGUAGAAGGGAAUUAGAAUGCUGCUUAAGGUCUCAGCAGGAGGAUGGUGGUUUCAAUCCACCCUUCUCAGAUGUUUUCUUUGCCUCCUUAGUGAAAAACACGUAUUUAUAAAGAAUUGUUCCUUGUGUUCAGUCGUUUCUCCACCAGAAUCUGCUCUGGGUUCCAGAAAGCAACAGCUCGGCUGUGGUGCCAUCUUUCUUACUUUCUGGGAAAACUCUUUUAACAUUGGUUGUUAUUGUUCCUCUUAAUAAAUA